AACAAUCUGUAGGUUUGCCUUUUCAGAAUAAUCCUCAUUUCGAUAUUUUGCCUUCUCAAGAUAAUCCUCAUCCUGAUAUUUUGCCUUCUCAAGAUAAUCUUCAUCCCAAUAUUUUGCCUUCUCAAGAUAAUCCUUAUCCCAAUAUUUUGCCUUCAACUAGCAGUGCUUUUAUUUUUAAUUUGAAUAGAAUUAAAUAUGAUACUAACCUACUUACACGUGAAGAAGUUGAAUAUUUGAGUUCAAACAGUAUUGAUGAAACCAAUACUAGCGAAAAUCAAGAAAACCUUUACCCUGUCGAAUUCUUAAAUACGAUUACUAUAAGCGGUUUACCUUCACAUAAACUAACACUAAAAUUAGGUGCACCUGUUAUGCUUCUUUGCAAUAUUAACCCUACAGAAGGUCUUUGUAAUAGCACCCAUUUAGUUUGUACCGCUUUUGGUAAACAUGUCAUAGAAGUUCAAAUUAUUACAAAAAAACAUGCGAGCUAUCGUACUUUUCUUCCUCAAAUGAACUUAACACCUUCCAAUUCAACUUUACCUUUUUUAUUAAAGCGACGUCAAUUCCCCAUACAACCCGCUUUUGCUAUGACUAUUAAUAAAUCCCAAGGUCAAACACUUAACCACGUCAGAAUUUAUCUGCCAACCCCAGUAUUCUCUCAUGAACAACUAUAUGUCGCUUGCUCCAGAAUGACUUCUAGGCAAAAUCUUAAAAUUUUAACACUAGGACAAGAAUUCGAACAUGAAUAUACUCAAAAUAUUGUAUAUCCAGAA